CUGCCAGGCCGGUACCAAACACGCGUUUCCAAUAUUACCGCCAGUUCGACUCCAAUUCGGCGCAAUCUUCGGUGUCACCGCCUACGUUGACCGCGCUGACUAACCGCUCUCUUAAAGUACAGCUUCCCCGCGUUCUCUCUCUUCUCUUCUCUCCGUUUCACCUCACCUGCCUUUUUCCAUCCCUCUGGACUCAGCUUGAGCGGUGUUGAAUCCAUCAUGCAUUCCUCUUUGCUUCUUCGUGCCCGGGGCCUUCCAUUGGCGAAGGCCAGCCUCGCCCGCUCCAGCGUUCGCGCGAUGGGCUCCUACGCCACUUUCAAGGUCCCUCGAAUUGACAACGAACCCAACAAACACUACGCUCCGGGAACGCCCGAUCGCAAGGGCCUCGAAGAGGCUCUGGCCAAGCACAAGCAGAAUGCUCCCCUCAAUGUCCCUCUGGUGAUUGCGGGCAAAGAGAUCAGCAGCUCUCAGUCCUUGACCCAGUCGAGCCCCUCCACCCACGCCCCUCUGGCCACCUACUCCCAUGCCUCCGCCGCCGAUGUCCAGGCGGCCAUCGAUGCCGCUCUGAAGGCUCGCAAGUCGUGGGCCGCCACCUCGUUCGCGGACCGUGCCAGCGUCUUCCUGAAGGCGGCUGACUUGAUCUCGACCAAGUACCGUUACGACGUCAUGGCUCUGACCAUGCACGGUCAGGGCAAGAAUGCCUGGCAGGCCGAGAUUGACUCGGCGGCCGAGCUGUGCGAUUUCUUCCGUUUCGGCGUCAAGUACGCUGAGGAGCUGUAUGCCCAGCAGCCGGUGCACCACGCUCCUGGCGUCUGGAACCGUGUGGAAUACCGCCCUCUGGAGGGUUUCGUCUAUGCCAUCAGUCCCUUCAACUUCACUGCCAUCGGUGGUAACCUGGCUGGUGCUCCGGCUCUGAUGGGCAACGUUGUCGUGUGGAAGCCUUCGCCCUCUGCCAUCGCCUCCAACUGGCUGGUCCACCAGAUCCUCCUCGAGGCCGGUCUCCCCAAGGACGUCAUCCAGUUCGUGCCCGGAGAGGCCGAGGAAGUCACCAACACCGUCCUCAACCACCCCGAAUUCGCCGCUCUCCACUUCACCGGUAGCACCGGUGUCUUCCGUAGCCUUUACGGACAGAUCGCCAACGGCGUUGCCGAGGGCAAAUACCGCAGCUACCCUCGCAUCGUUGGUGAGACCGGUGGAAAGAACUUCCAUCUCGUUCACAAGUCGGCCGAUGUCCGCAACGCCGUCGUCCAGACCAUUUGGGGUGCUUUCGAAUUCCAGGGCCAGAAGUGCAGUGCCACUUCCCGCGCGUACGUGGCCAACUCGAUCGCCAAGGAAUUCCUUGAGGACAUCGCGGCCGAGGCCAACAAGCUCAAGGUCGGCGAGCCCUCCGACUUCACCAACUUCUGCGGUCCCGUCAUCCACGAGGCCUCGUUCAACAAGCUGGCCCAGGUCAUCGAUGAGGCCAAGAACGACCCCGAGCUGGAACUUGUGGCUGGAGGCACGUAUGACUCCUCCAAGGGCUGGUACAUCCAGCCUACCAUCUACCGCACCACCAACGCCGACCACCCUCUUCUCUCCCGUGAACUCUUCGGCCCCGUCCUGGUGAUCCACACCUACGAGGACGCCACCGAUGCCGACUUCACCAAGAUCUGCGAGAAGGUUGACCAGACCGGCGAUUACGGUCUGACCGGCGCCGUCUUCGCCCGUGACCGUGAGGUGCUCCGUCUGGCCGACGACGCUCUGCGCAACACGGCUGGCAACUUCUACCUCAACUGCAAGAGCACCGGCGCCGUCGUCGGACAGCAGCCCUUCGGAGGUGCCCGUGCUUCCGGCACCAACGACAAGGCGGGCAGCGGAAACCUGCUUUCUCGCUUCGUCAGCCUGCGGUCGAUCAAGGAAGAGUUCUGCCCUACCUACAACGUCCCCUACCCCAGCAACGCCUAAGCUUGACCGCUCGUGAGAUUUGAUUUGACGUUCUUCUGCUUAUUUUGGUUUUGGUUUUGGCAUAUAUAUUAUUCCCCAACUGCUUGCGCACUCCAUUUGCUCGUCCCAUCGGUGGCACUGUUUUCCGGGCUGGAAGGGCCCCAGGUUGCAUCAUAUUCGGCGUUUUGUAUGACAGAAUCUUCGGCGAUGUACCAAAAGCUUCGCUUAUGAAUGUUAUGGCAAUUGACUGUAUCAGAGAUGAAAUUCUACAUAUU